AAAUCAUAAUUAUAUUUCGGGUCUCGUUCACAAAUACUAAUAAUAUAUAAAUAGUUAUACAUUUUUAUUGGUGUACAAAUCGCAUAAUGAAAAAGAUAAGCGUCCAGCCCUCAGCUAAGAUAUCUACGCGCAUUGAGAGGGACACACUUGGACAAGUGGAGGUGCCCGGGGAUCGGUACUAUGGCGCCCAGACAAUGCGGUGUGUCCUCAACUUUCCCAUUGGCGGCAUGGAUGAACGCAUGCCGAAGUCCGUUAUACAGGCGAUGGGCAUUGUGAAGAAGGCCGCCGCUGAGGUUAACGUCGAGUUCGGCCUGGAUAGUAAGAUUAGUACAGCGAUUUCGAGUGCCUGCGAUGAGGUGAUUAGUGGCAAACUCUAUGAUGAGGGUCAUUUUCCGUUGCCCAUAUGGCAAACGGGAUCGGGCACACAGACCAAUAUGAAUGUCAACGAGGUGAUUGGCAAUCGUUGCAUUGAAAUGCUCGGUGGCGAACUGGGUUCCAAUAAUCCAGUGCAUCCCAAUGAUCAUGUGAACAAAUCACAGAGCUCUAAUGACACUUUUCCAACGGCCAUACACAUCGCUGUGGGCAUUGAGCUGGUUAAGAGCCUGUUGCCAGCUUUGACCCAGCUGCGUGAUGCACUUCAUAAAAAGGCAAUCGAGUGGAAGAACAUUAUCAAAAUUGGACGCAGCCAUACACAAGACGCAGUGCCAAUGACAUUAGGUCAAGAGUUUAGCGGCUAUACACAACAGCUAACUAAUGGUCUAGAGAGGAUUAAUGCUGUCCUCCCGCAUGUCUACCAGGUGGCACUGGGUGGCACUGCCGUCGGCACCGGUUUGAAUACCCGCAAGGGUUUUGCCGAGAAGGCCGCUAAUCGCGUUGCCCAACUGACAUCGUUGCCAUUUGUUAGCGCACCCAACUUUUUUGAGGCCUUAGGCGCUAGAGAUGCUAUGGUGGAGGUGCAUGGUGCAUUGAAUACCAUCGCUGUCAGCCUCAUGAAGAUUGCCAAUGAUAUUCGCUUCUUGGGUUCCGGACCACGUUGUGGCCUGGGCGAGCUCAUCUUGCCGUCAAAUGAGCCGGGCAGCUCAAUAAUGCCGGGCAAAGUGAAUCCCACACAAUGCGAGGCUUUGACAAUGAUUUGUGCUCAGGUGAUGGGCAAUCAUGUGGCUGUGUCUGUUGGUGGUUCCAAUGGACACUUUGAACUUAAUACAUUCAAGCCUCUGAUCUUGUCCAAUGUUCUACGUUCGAUAAAACUGCUGACUGAUGGAUGCAACUCUUUUGCCAAGAACUGCGUUGAUGGCAUUAAGGCAAACCAGGAUCACAUAGCCAAGAUAUUGAACGAGUCUCUGAUGCUUGUGACAGCACUUAAUCCACAUAUUGGCUAUGAUAAGGCAGCUGAGAUCGCCAAGAGUGCGCAUGAGAAUGGCACCACCCUGAAGGAGGAGGCCAUCAAGGCUGGUAUCUUGGAGAAGGAUUUUGACGACUGGGUGCGCCCCGAAAAUAUGCUUGGUCCCAACUAGAGAGUUUUGUGCUUACAAUUAAUAAAUUUAAAUGAAUAAAUCGUUAUAUUGUGCAAAUA